CUUGAGUCUUCUUUGUGAUCGCAUCAUGACGGGUAUUUUAGUGUUGUAUGGCACGGAUAUAAGUCCGCCAGUCCGGGCUUGUAAGCUGACUUUGAGAGCCCUGAACUUGGACUACGAAUACAAGGAAAUGGAUCUUCUAGCCGGAGAGCAUUUCCAUGAAGAGUUUCUCAAAAAGAACCCUCAACACACGGUGCCGCUCCUCGAUGAUAAUGGAUCCCUCAUCUGGGACUCACAUGCCAUCGUUUGCUACCUGGUGGACAAGUACGCCAAAUCGGAUGAGCUUUAUCCCAGGGAUCUAGUGAAGCGGGCUCAAGUCGAUCAGCGAUUGUUCUUUGAUGCGAGUAUCUUAUUCAUGUCCCUGCGGAAUGUUAGUAUUCCCUAUUUUCUUCACCAAGUAAAUCUGGUGCCCAAGGAGAAGUUAGAUAACAUUAAAGAUGCCUACGGACACUUGGAGACCUUUCUUGGAGAUAAUCCCUAUCUGAAUGGAACCACUGUUACUCUGGCUGAUUUCUGUUGUGGAGCUACUGCCUCUUCACUGGCCGCUGUUCUCGAACUGGAAAUACAUAGAACUGCUUAGACCCAACCUAAAAUUAGAGCAAUAGUAGGUUGCAACGCAUUAUAUAAUUGUAUAAUGAACAAAUAUUUUCAAAAACAUAAAGUCAAAUAAACAAAUAGAAGAUAAUAUUUGAGCAUCAUUUUGUUUCUUCAACGUAACUUAAAGUUUAUGCUGAUGUAUUUCCAAUUGUCUUAAACCCAUUCCCCUAUUCUAAAUAAUGAAUUGCCAAAUUUUGAAAGCCCCUAUACGGUAGAAUUUUUAUGACGCUUUACCCAGGUUUAUAAUAUAUCGAAUACGUUGCCGUUUCUUACUUAAAGCAAAAUAUUAAAUGGAAAUAUGCUUAAGUUUGUUCAUUUGAUUGUUUGUGAGAAAAAAGAGAGAAAAUAAAAAGUAAUAAUGAAUUUGUAUGAAUUGUAUAA